AUGGAUAAUACACCAUCAUCAAACAAUUCUUCACAAGCCACUGAUGAUUGUACCAUAUGUCUUACUAGUCUGACACCUGGUACUCCACUUCUUACUCUUUCCUGUAACCAUAAAUUUCAUUUUCAAUGUUUGGCUUUGAAUAUUCAAGCAAAAAACAAUGAAUGUCCUUUGUGCAGAGCUACAAUUGAUGCAUCUGUUCUUCAACUACUUGGUAAUCCUAGCCAACAACUGUCAACACAAUCCCAGCUAACACCGCUGCCUCAAACCGGGCAAGUUUCAACCAAUGAUGCGAAUGCGAUAGCUUCAGCUGCAACUAUUCCGUCUGUUGAAGAUCUGAUUGAUGAGACUGCUGCAAGAGUUAUUUCUGAACGUUUUAUUGCUGCUCGGCAAGCUGCUGUUAUCUCAUUGAAUGAAGCCAAUAAUUUUCCUGUGAUUACUGUUAUAACAACAUUGGAACGUGAAGCUCAAGUUCCACAUGAAGAGUCCAAUCUGUACGGACUCAUUACUUUGCAAGCACCGCCUGCUUUACAAUUCGAUAAUCAACCAAUAAUGCAAUCACGUGCUCCUAUCGAUCUUGUUUGCAUAGUUGAUCAAAGUGGAUCGAUGGGAGGACAAAAAAUUGCCUUAUUAAAAAAGACGCUGAUUGAUAUCGUCGACCAAUUGGGUGAACUUGAUCGUUUGGCCAUUAUUUCCUUCAACACUGGUGCUAUCGAUCGUUCUCAUGGACUCAAACGAAUGACUCAACAAAAUCAACAAGUCUUGAAAACUGAGAUCAACAGUAUUUCCAGUGAAGGAGGUACCUACAUUGGAUCUGGUCUGCAAAUGGGUAUCGAUUUAGUAGUCAACCGUCAGACUAAGAAUCCACUUGCUACUUUACUUGUGCUUACUGAUGGUCACGACAAUCAAGAACAUGACUACACUCAAAUUAUGAGUACUUUGCCUGAAGGAGUCCAAUGCUACACUUUCGGCUACGGGUUAGAUCAUAAUGCACAAUUGCUAGUGAAACUAGCUGAACAAGGAAAUGAUGGCACUUUUACAUACAUUGAUGAAGAACGAGCUGUAUCUACCGCUUUUUCAAUGACGUUGAUCAGUCAUUUUCUUUCGCAAUAUAAAUAUGAACCCGAACAACUUCCAUCAAUGAAACUAUCCAUCAAAUUACCUAAUCUAAAUGCUGAUGAAAAACGAAAUCUUGUCUUUCAAUUCUAUGUUCCCAAAGUAAAUGAUGAUCAAAAUGUUGAUAUGUCUAGCCAACAAUCAACGACGACACAAAGCGAGACAGCUACUGAGCAAAACCUAUUUGAAAAGCAAAUCAUUGGGCAUGUCAGCGUUUCGUAUAUUGAUCCAAAUACUACACACUCAAUAACAACACCUCAGGUUCCCUUCUAUUUUAUUCGAGCACCUAAUCUACCAGCCGAUCUUCUUCGAGUAAAUUACCAACUUGAUCGUCAACGAAAUCGUAUAGAAACAAUUGAAGCACUCGAAAGAGCAAUGGCCGAACGUGAUUAUGAACAGUCACGUGUUAUUCUUGCAUCUCAAGUAGAAAAACUUAAGGCCAGUGUAUCUGCACAAGAUCCAUUUUGUCAAGAAUUGAUUCGAGAUCUUGAAUAUUCUUUCCCAUCGGAACAAGAAUAUCGUUCGACACACUAUACUUCAUCUAGAUGUCAUGCAACUGAAAGAGGUGCUUACCUCCCAACAUCAACUACCAGUUCAGGACGUUACCAUACUCGACGUCAACAAGAACUAAUUGAACGAUAUAAACGAAAUGUGUCUCCAUGA